GCGCAUCAUCAAAACAUGCAGGAUGAGCUGCUCCUGGGGGUGACACGGCAGCAGCAGCAGCCAGGCAGCGAGAGGCUGGGCAGCAGCCCCGCAACAGGACACCCCCCUCUCGGCCACCCCUCCUCUGACUUUAAACCCAGUCUCAGCCCCCACCAGGAUUUAAACAAGCAGCAACCGCAGCAGCAACAGCCGCCGCCUCCUCAGCUGAGCCAGAAGAGGAAAGAGUUUAAGCAGCAGCAGCAGCAGCUCAGCAGCCCAGCCCAGCUCGGCAGCAGCCACCCCCUGAAUAACCACCACCCCCCAGACUAUCAUCACCACCCCCCUCAGCAGCAGCAGCAGCAGUUCAGCUACCCCACUGACAAGUACCAGCAGCAGGAGCACAGGCAACAGCAGCAGCUCCAGCUCCUCAGCGCUCACCCCCCGGAACCGCCGCGGACGGGGGACUACCCGCACCACCGGCCCCUCAGCCCCGCCGAGCACAAGGGCGGCGCGGACAGGGGGGGUUCAGAGCGGCUCGCCCCUUCCUGCCCGGGGGGAUCGGUGUCCGCGGACCCCAAUGUGGGGGUGGCCGCCGCCUCCUGCGUGAAUCCGCCUCCGUCUCCUCCUCAUCUGCAGGCGAGAGCCAAGCUGCCCCCCAUGGAGUCCCCCCCGAACAGCCACUUGCUGGGCAGCCCCGGGAACCUCCUGCCCGGCGGGCUGGGCUCUGGCUUCAGCAGCCUGCAGAGCCCGGAGAUCCCCAGCCCCCAUCACCAGAGCGGGGGCGGCUCCUCCUCGGCGGCUUCCCCUCCUCCUCCGCCGCUGCCCGGCUUCGGCACCCCCUGGUCGGUGCAGACCUCGUCGCCGCCUCCGCAGCAGACGCAGCAGCCUCCGGUCUCCAGCGGCAGCGGCGGCGGGCAGAUCAGCGCGAUGCCGCCCCCGAGCCCGGAAUCCGAGACCAGCUUCUACCCGGGGAUCCCGUCAUCGAUCAACCCCGCUUUCUUCCAGAGCUUCUCGCCGGUGUCUCCUCACAACCCCUGCGCGGGGCCCUUCAGCAGCCCCUUCUCGGCCGCCGCACCCCCGCCGCCGCCGCAGAUGAAUUUACCUCAGCAGCAGCAGCAGCAGCAGCAGCAGAACCGGAGAUCCCCUGUGAGCCCCCAGCUCCAGCACCAACACCAGGCGGCGGCCGCCGCCGCCGCCUUCCUGCAGCAGAGAAACUCCUACAACCACCACCAGCCUCUUCUGAAGCAGUCGCCCUGGAGCAAUCAGAGUAGUGGCUGGAGCACAGGAAAUAUAUCCUGGGGAGGAAUGCAUGGCAGAGACCAUCGUAGAACUGGAAACAUGGGAAUUCCAGGAACUAUGAACCAGAUCUCUCCUUUGAAGAAACCCUUUUCUGGUAAUGUCAUAGCUCCUCCUAAAUUUACUCGCUCCACCCCAUCACUGACACCAAAAUCGUGGAUUGAAGAUAAUGUUUUCCGAACUGACAACAACAGUAAUACUCUCCUUCCUUUGCAGGAUCGAAAUAGAAUGUAUGACAGUCUGAAUAUGCACUCUUUGGAAAACUCCCUUAUUGACAUUAUGAGAGCAGAGCAUGAUCCACUUAAAGGUCGCUUGAGUUAUCCACAUCCAGGGACUGACAAUCUUCUGAUGUUAAAUGCAAGGAGUUAUGGGCGAAGACGAGGCCGUUCUUCCCUCUUCCCAAUAGAUGAUGGUUUGCUGGACGAUGGUCAUAGUGAUCAAGUUGGAGUCUUGAAUUCACCUACCUGCUAUUCAGCUCAUCAGAAUGGAGAACGAAUUGAGCGUUUUUCUCGGAAAGUGUUUGUUGGAGGUCUUCCACCAGAUAUUGAUGAAGAUGAAAUUACUGCUAGCUUCAGACGGUUUGGGCCUUUGGUAGUAGACUGGCCUCACAAAGCAGAAAGCAAGUCCUAUUUUCCACCAAAAGGUUAUGCAUUCCUCCUGUUCCAAGAAGAGAGUUCUGUUCAGGCCCUGAUUGACGCCUGCAUUGAAGAAGAUGGGAAGCUCUAUCUAUGUGUUUCCAGUCCUACUAUCAAGGACAAGCCAGUUCAGAUCCGUCCCUGGAAUCUAAGUGAUAGUGACUUUGUGAUGGAUGGUUCCCAGCCACUUGAUCCUCGAAAAACAAUUUUUGUUGGAGGAGUCCCUAGACCGCUAAGAGCUGUGGAAUUGGCUAUGAUCAUGGACCGUCUCUAUGGUGGAGUUUGUUACGCAGGAAUUGAUACUGACCCUGAGCUGAAAUACCCAAAAGGUGCUGGACGUGUUGCUUUUUCCAAUCAGCAGAGUUAUAUUGCUGCCAUCAGUGCUCGGUUUGUUCAACUUCAGCAUGGCGAUAUUGAUAAACGAGUGGAGGUAAAGCCAUAUGUGUUGGAUGACCAGAUGUGUGAUGAAUGCCAGGGUGCACGAUGCGGUGGAAAGUUUGCUCCUUUCUUUUGUGCCAAUGUCACUUGCCUGCAGUAUUACUGUGAGUUUUGUUGGGCAAAUAUCCACUCUCGUGCAGGACGUGAAUUCCAUAAGCCAUUGGUAAAGGAGGGGGCUGACCGCCCACGUCAGAUCCACUUCCGCUGGAAUUAAACAUGGUGAACCAGCAUCUACAUAAGGAAAGAAGGGUGCAUGUGGCUUACUGUGUUUGAAGAUACUGACAUGCAGAAGAAAUAAGUGCAUUCUUCUGCUUUUCACCCCAGCUAUCAAUACAUGCAUCUUUAUCAGCAGCCAAAACACUACAAGCCUCUUGUUUUUCACCAAAACCCUACAUCUCAGGCUUACUAAUUUUUGUGAUAUUUUCAUGUUAAAAUAAAAUGUUUUUUUGUAUUUUCUCCAAGUUAUUUUUAUAUGUAAAGUUAAAACUAGAUAUGAGAAUGUUUUUGCGUAGGGGCACACAGUCUGCUGCUAUAUUUAGUGGGUGAAGCGUGCACUUAUUUCUAAACAUGGGUUUUUAACUUCAAGAUCUGCCCCAGUAAUUUACCAAAGGUAGCAAAAUAGUGAAGAUGGAAUAUGUCUGCUACAAAAAGCUUAUUUUUAUUGUUGUUGCUAUUUUCAGUGUAUACAUAAACUAAAAAUUAGGGUUGAUUUUUUGCUCUCCAUUUUGACUUGCAAGAAAUAAUACCUCAAGAUAAUCUGAUUUAUUAGCUAUUUUUAAACAUUUUUAAUCACAAGCUGUAUUAGCUUUGCUGCUAUAUAGGUGUUAUGUGUAAUGCCACCUAUUAAUACGGGAUUGAAACGUUUAAGACACACUGCAUUACAGAUUAAAUGCAGGCAGCACAAUAUGGCCUAAACUGCCAUAGUUUUAGAAUGUGAAAAAAUUGCAUGUUUACUUACCUGUAUACACCAUAUGCAUGCACUAGAACUAUUAAUUAACAAGAGGUGAGUUAUUGCAAAUGUUCAAAAAAGGCUCUCUUGAAACUAGGUAGCAUGAGCAAAUUUACAAAAUUUGUUACAAAAAACAAACUUGCAUGCAUUAUUGUGACUGAAGUAAAAAAAUGUCCUACAUGUGUACAAUAUGCAAAUUAGUUUUAGACUAGAAAGUGCAGCCAUUUUGUGACCUGGUCAGUAGUGGAAUUCAAUUUUAUGCAGACUGGAUGUAAUAUUGUAAUCCCUGUGCAAUUUUGUGAUGUGUGCUUCUACUUAAUGUGGCGUGAUGUAGUAUAGAUACAAGUUUGAGUAAAAAGCUAGCAUUUAAAAAAUUCUUUUAAGCCCCCUUGAUUGUUCAUGGUUAAGAUUUCCUCUACAAACCAAAGAUGGCCAGCACACUGCUAACCAGUCACCAAAUGUGAAACCCAUGACAAAUGCAUACAAAAAUAGACUUAUAUAAGAACGCGUAAUGCUUUAGAAAUUAAAUCUAAGUAAAGUCAAAAUGGAGAAGGUGUAAUAUACAGACGGCUAGUUGCAUAACACACUAAAUUUUACCUUUAAGACAACAGUGAAAUUUGGCUUAAAAAAAUCUUGCUUACAUGUUUGACCUGUGUGUGUUGUGGUCUUCUGUCAAACUGGGGUCACUGUUGCAUGAAAAGUAGCUACUUGACAGUCAAGGAUAGUGUUUUUAUUUUAAUGAAGGAGUUCUAGUAAUGACAUUGCUUGCAGAUUUUGAAAAACAAACGUAGUUAGGACAGAGGCAAUAUUUAACUGAACACUAAAAGGAAAUCAUAGCAGUGUUUUUGUCUAUCUCAGAGCAUUUUUAAUGCAACUAGCCCCUACUUUUUAACGGAACAAACAGUUAUUCUGCAGUCUAAGCAAGCACUCAACAGUAAAUGUUGUAAUGCAGAAUUAAGAGCCUGAUGCUAGAGUUGAAAUUACAAGGGUGUUGUUCUUUGCAAUCCCUUGGGACAAUCCUUCAUGUAAGCAAAGUGUUGAUCUUAUAUUGGUUGUCUACGGUGUGCUUUUUUGUACUGUACAAUACGUGGUUCAUGUCUAACUCUGCUGUUUUAUUGUGGUUGUGGUUCAAGUUUUUAAUGUUUAAAGUUGAUGCUGUUUUAAGAAGAGCUUUUUACUAAUUUAUUUGUCAAUGUUCCCUAUUUGUUACCUAACCAUGAUCCUCCAGAUUUUUUGGAGUAUUCUUUUCUAACCUUAACCCUGCCAAACCUUGAUCCAUUUUGACAUUUGUUAUGCACUAUUUUUAUAUCUCUGUGAGAGAUUUUUCCAACAGUCAGCUAUUUUAAGGCACACUUUUUUUGACUGAUGACAUCUCCUUUGCUAUACCUCAAUUUUUGGAAUUUAGAAAAGAAAUCAGUAGUUUUGCAAUGUUAAUUAUUUAGAUAUAAUUUAAUUCUGCAGAUUUUUUUAAACUUUAUUUUCAUAUUUUCUGCUUAAUGUUUAAAAUUGAAGAGCCUUUAAAUAUAUUAAAUAAUGAACACUAAUGAAAAUAGUAAAAAAUUGAAAUAAUUGGAGAUGUUGAAAAUUGCUUUCCCUGUUUAAAUGGAACUACGUAAGUAAGUCACAGGGGGACGAAACAGGGAUACCCU